AGACCCGUCUCCAAAAGGCUCGCAUUUUUAGUUAAUCACAUAACAUAAAAAGAAAAAAGUUCAUCACAUAAUAAACCAUUUAUUAUCUUUUCGGACAGAAUUUACCUAAUAAACCGCACCUCUCUCCCUGGUUAAGCUGCUGCAGCUCUAGAAACGGAAACGAAAUCCUUACAGUUCAGAAGAAUGGAAGUGGUUGCGGGAGCAGCAGAAGGUGAAGGAGGAUGUAUGCCUGUGAGGAUAUUUGUGGGAGGAUUGGGUUUAAGUGUUACUGCUCAAGAUAUGGAGAAGACGUUCUCGUCUUUGGGUUCGAUUAAUGGAGUUGAGAUUGUUAGGACUAGUGGUCGUAGCUUUGCUUACAUGGAUUUCCAACCAAAUUCUUCUAAAGCGCUUAAUAAGCUAUUUAGCAUGUAUAAUGGCUGUGUCUGGAAAGGAGGGCGUUUGAAGCUUGAGAAAGCUAAAGAGCAUUAUGUUGUUCGUUUGAAACGAGAGUGGGAUGAAGAGGCACAAAUUGCAAAUGAAGCACUUAAGGUCAAGGAAGAAGAGCCAGUUGUUGAGAAAAAAAUCGAGCAAUCAGAAAAGUUAAAAUCAUUGACGCAAGAGGCGAUGCAACUCAAUAUCUACAUUCCUCGGUUCAGGAAGGUCAAGCCAUUGCCUUUUCGUGGAUCAGGCAAGCAUAAAUACAGUUUCCAACGUAUUGAGGUUCCACCACUCCCAAUCCAUUUUUGCGACUGUGAGGAGCAUUGUCGUCCUGUUGAAACUACGAAGAAGGAACCCGUUAAUGCUCUUGAAAUGGAAACAGACUCUGGUGUAGCAGAUGAAGAAGAGUUAGAUAUGAUGAGAUCCGUGUUGGACAAAAUUUUGAGGAGGGAAAAUAGUUCAGGAGUUGCAUCUUGUGGAACAGAAAUUAUUAAAGAAGCUGAUGAGUCCACCCAACCAAAUGAUGGUCUUCAGCAUGGUGAUAAUGAAGUGGUUGGUGAAGAGGGAGGUGCAGAUGACCUUGUGAUCAACAUGGUGAGCGGUGAAAAUGGUAGAUUACCAUUGAUGGGGAGUCAGGGUCGUAGAACAAUUUCAACUGAUAAGGAAUCAAACUUCAGAAAGCGACAGUUUUCUGUUGAUGCCCCAACGUCAAAGAAGCCCAUAGUUCAGAAAAGGAAAAAUACUGAACCUUUUGAUGCUCCAGAUCACACUGCUAAUAAGAAGGCUCGUUUAGUUCUCGGAGAGGAAUCAAACCAAGAUGUAUUCAAACCAACUAUAUCCAAAAAGAAAGGGAGCGAAACUGAAGCAAAGGGUGUUGCGAAAGCAGCAAAACAUUCAACUCCUGAACAGAAAUCAAACACCCAGCCAUUGGCAAAAGGUUUCUCAUGGACACCAAAAUCUCCAUGGAAAAAAAUGGUCGGUGAGACUUCUGACAUGGCAUUCAGCAUUUCACACAUUUUACCAGAGACUACCACAAACGAUUUGUCACCUAUAUGGAACCAUUUGGAUGCUGAAAACCCAACUAGCAGCCAAAGAAAAAACAAAGUGAAGAAGCCAAAAACUAAAUCUACAGAGAAGGUUUCAAAAGACUUGGAGCUUGGGAUAGAUGCACAAGAAAAUCUCACUACGGAGCGUCCUGCAAUUAUACCCUUCCAAAUUAUGUCAGGAGAUUCAGAGGAGCAUGGAGAAGGCAAACCUACUGACCCAGAGGCAGACAUUCGGCAAUCUCUAAGAAAAUCUUCAGUGGACAGGGCAGAUGAUUUGCCACUUAAGAAGAAAGGGAUCACACAAGACGAGUUCACUACAACAAGUGCCACCACUAAGGUUCCCCUGAAAAUCCUUCCAGAAGAUUCAGAGCCCCUUGAAGACUCCAAGCCUACUGAGAUAAAAACAGUUGUUAAUCAAUCAAGAGGUCCAUCAUGGACACAAAAGUCUUCAUGGAAAAAUUUAGUUGGUGAGACGAGCAACAGUACAUUCAGUCUCACCCACAUUUUCCAGAACAUUGCUUCUACUCCAGAAAAAGCACAAGAAGCAAACAGUUUAGGCACUGCAAGCUCCAGUGAUAUUAAACCAGCAAGUAAUUUUUUUGGCCAGGGUUGGAAAUUUAAUGAAAUUUCAAAGGACGGAAACCAGAAAGACAAGGUCAAUGAAGCCCGUAGUUCCCAAGUGUUCAAGUCAAAGUGUGAAGGUGAAAGUUUAGCUGGUUCAAAGGGUGUAUUCGAUUUGUUCAGGAAGAACUUGGAGAAUGAGAAUGAAGUUGGGAAACCAAAUAAAAAAGUGGUGGAGAAUGCUGUAGCUGCCAAUGUUUCCCCCUUCAUGAGGUCUGAGGCUUCACAGAAGGAGUAUUUGAAAUUAGAAAAAUCUCUUAGUGGAUCCAAGAAAAGAAAGAAAGGAGAAGAAAACUGCAGCUCUUGCAGUUGACUGGAAGUAAAAGUAGGAAAUGCUUUUGAAGGCAUUUAUCCCUGUCGGAGCCGGCUUAUGGACUAGGCCAGCUUGGCUGUUGCCUAGAGCCUCAGAUUAUUGCGCCCCAAAAUUUGUAAUUUUUCUUACAGUGUUUUCUUUCUUAUUUUUUUUCCUCGACUUUUUGCUUGUAACAGUCGGAAAACAACUUCUUAAAUGGUUAGAGGGUGUUUUCCAUAAGUAGAAGUCGGUUAAUUUUUCUGCU